AUGACGCAGGGUCCGGGCGGGCGCACGCCCCCCGCGCCCCCCGCGCCCCCGGAGCCCGAGGCGCCCACCACCUUUUGCGCUCUGCUGCCGCGCAUGCCGCAAUGGAAGUUCGCUGCCCCGGCGGGCUUCCUGGGCCGGGGCCCCGCGGCAGCUCGGGCGGCCGGGGGCGCGGGGGCCGCCGACGCCCAGCCCGAGACCCCCGGCCCGGCUGGCGUCCCGGCGCUGGCGGCCGCGGUCCUGGGCGCCUGCGAGCCGCGCUGCGCCGCGCCCUGUCCGCUGCCGGCGCUCAGCCGCUGCCGAGCCGCGGGGGCCCGCGGCCCGCGGGGCGCGCGGGGGGUGGCCGGGCCCCCGGACGCCAGCGCCGACGAGUGGAUCCGCAAAGGCAGCUUCAUCCACAAGCCGGCACACGGCUGGCUGCACCCAGACGCCAGGGUCCUGGGGCCCGGGGUCUCCUACAUCGUGCGGUACAUGGGCUGCAUCGAAGUCCUCCGCUCCAUGCGCUCUCUGGAUUUUAACACUCGCACCCAGGUGACCAGGGAAGCCAUCAACCGGCUCCAUGAGGCAGUGCCUGGCAUCCGGGGCUCCUGGAAAAAGAAGGCCCCCAACAAGGCGCUAGCCUCCAUCCUGGGCAAGAGCAACCUGCGCUUCGCCGGCAUGAGCAUCGCUGUGAGCAUCUCCACCGAUGGCCUCAACCUGUCCGUGCCGGCCACGCGCCAGGUCAUUGCCAACCACCACAUGCAGUCUAUCUCCUUUGCAUCGGGUGGCGACACGGACAUGACCGAUUAUGUGGCCUAUGUAGCCAAGGAUCCUAUCAACCAGAGAGCCUGUCACAUCCUGGAGUGCUGUGAGGGCCUUGCCCAGAGCAUCAUUAGCACCGUGGGCCAAGCCUUUGAGCUGCGCUUCAAACAGUACCUGCACAGCCCCCCCAGGGUGGUCCUGCCCCCGGAAAGGCUGACCAGGCCUGAGGAGUCGGCCUGGGGGGACGAGGAGGAAACGGAACACAAUUACUACAACAGCAUCCCAGGGAAGGAGCCGCCCCUGGGCGGGCUGGUGGACUCCAGGCUCGCCCUCACUCAGCCCUGUGCGGUCGGCGCCCUCGGCCAGGGGGUACAGCCUGCUCGAAGGGACACCCGCAGUCUGCCGUGGGACCUGGGCCCCUCAGGUAAUGGCCCGCCGGGGGACGGCUACGUGCAGGCAGACACACGGGGCCCCAGAGACUACGAGGACCACCUGUAUGUCAACACGCAGGGUCUGGAAGCCCCCGAGCCCCUGCAGCCGGAGGACAGCCCCAAGAAGGACCUGUUCGACAUGCGACCCUUCGAGGAUGCUCUGAAACUGCACGAGUGCUCUGCGGGGGCGGGGGCGGCGGUAGCGCCCCUUCCUCUCGAGGACCAGUGGCCCAGCCCCCCCACCCGUCGGGCCCCUAUCGCCCCCACGGAGGAGCAGCUGAGGCAGGAACCCUGGUACCAUGGCCAGAUGAGCCGAAGGGCAGCAGAGAAGCUGCUUCGAGCCGACGGGGACUUCCUGGUGCGCGACAGUGUCACUAACCCCGGGCAGUACGUCCUCACGGGCAUGCACGCGGGGCAGCCCAAGCACCUGCUGCUCGUGGACCCCGAGGGCGUGGUGCGGACGAAGGACGUGCUCUUUGAGAGCAUCAGCCAUCUGAUCGACUACCACCUGCAGAACGGGCAGCCCAUCGUGGCCGCCGAAAGCGAGCUGCAUCUGCGCGGUGUGGUCAAACGCGAGCCCUGAGCCAGGUGAUGGUUCUCAGCUCCCGGCUCCUGCCCUGCUCCGCACGUGCCCCCUGUUGUGGCCUUACGGGCUCCUCAGCCUCUCUCUCCG